CUUUGACACGCCCAUAUAAACAAUUUUUGACUGAGUCGAGUUGUCAAGCCUUCUUUUGCUAAUUCUUGUGCCACCAGCUGUUUUGGGAUGGUAAUAUGAAUGGAGUGUUAUGAUAAGAUCACAACAUUGGGCCAAGGGGGUGGUGGUGCAGUCUAUCUGGUCAGGCACCAAAUCACCAAAAAAUUACUUGCUUUGAAGAAGAUUCAGUUGGAUGAGAAAAGAAAGACAAGGACCAGAGAUGCAGUCGAGAGAGAAGCAAAAAUCUUGGCCCAGCUGAGGCAUCCCCAUAUCGUCACCUAUCAUGAUUCGUUCUUCGAGGAGGUUCCAGAGUCUGUAUAUCUCUGUAUAGCUCAGGACUACUGUGAUGGUGGUAACCUAGAUGAGCGGAUACAGACGGCCAAGCACCGAGGCAAACCGUUUGACGAGGGACGUAUCAUGCAAUGGUUUAUCCAACUAGUCAUGGCUGUACAGUACAUACACUCCAAGAAAAUAUUGCACAGAGAUCUAAAAACACAGAAUGUCUUCCUUACAAAGAAUGAUGUAGUCAAGCUAGGUGACUUUGGUAUAUCCAGGACUUUAGAACACACCGUAGACAAGGCCAAGACCUGUGUUGGGACCCCUUGCUACCUUAGUCCAGAACUAUGCCAGGACCAACCCUAUAACAACAAGUCUGAUGUCUGGGCUCUUGGUUGUCUAUUGUACGAGGUGUGUGCCUUUGAGCCGGCAUUUGAUGCUCACAAUCUUCUUAGUCUGUAUUACAAGAUCGUCAAAGGUGAUAACCCGAUUAUUCCGUCCAUGUACUCUACCGACCUUCAAGGAUUAUUAGCGUUCAUACUUGAAAAGGAUCCGGAUAAACGCCCAAGUGCUACAACGAUCCUCUCACAAGAUUACAUGCAGAACCACCUCAGUAACUUUAUUGCUGAAAAAGAGCUUCUGCAGCAGCAGCUUGCAACGACAAACGCCAAUAGACCACCGACAAGCUCCUCCCCCAUUGCGAGGUUAAAGGUCACCAGUGUCGCCAACACAACCAGGAACCGUCCAAUGUCCGCAAGUCACAGGACGAGGGCGUCUUUGCAAACAUCUAAACCUGCCCGCUCUCCACCCAGGAGUAAAUCAUCUCUGGCUAUGCUGCCCUCUACGCCACGGUCAUGUACAGGGGAAGCCAUCAAAGAAUCACCAGGUCUACCUCCCAUUGUCCGUCCGCCCCUUGAACCUAGCGAAUCGGGCGACUACCCCGACGACUUUGACAGUAGCGAUGAUGAACGGGAUAGACCGGAUCUAACGAGGAAUAAUGAAGCACACCCUCUGGUGAAAUCAUUGAGACAGGAUUCUGAGAUGGACUUAGAAAUACCGGAAGAGUGCGAGUCUCCUCUAAACUCUGAUGAAGAUAUUCCAGAGGAGCUCGAGGUGGAGGAAGAAGGAGAAGAGAACACGAUAGACAGAAGAACUGAACGAACAGAAGAAGAGGAAGAGUAUGCAAGUGAUUUUGAAGAUGACGAUGAGGUUCUUGAGGAUAUUCUAAGCAAUGCGAGGACUGCGGCAAACGUUGAUGUUCAGAAUAGUGAUGAGGACGAUAGCUUUGAAGAUUCAGCCAACCUCUCAGAUGAUAUCACCAGCUGUCAACAACUAUUAGCAGAUGAAUGCAGAGGUGUCCUGGGAAAUGAUAUAUUCUCUGAGAUUGAAUGUAAAAUUCGGGAGAAUCGAGGGAAAGACCUGGAUCCCGAUCAACUAAGACUUCAGUUUGAGGAAGCCAUUGGCAGUGAGAGAAUGGAAACAUGCUACCUUCUUAGCGAACUUCUAUCGGAGGUUAAUGAUACACAAAGUAGAAAGAUGGGAACAUUACCAGUCUCAUGAUAUUCAUUGAGUGGUUUGAAAGAAUGGUAACCUGCUAUCAUCUUAGCGAACUUCUAUUGGAGGUUACUGAUACUCAAAGUAGAAAGAUGGGAUCGCUGCCAGUCUUGAGACAUGCAUUCAAUGAUUUGAGAGAAUGGUAACAUGGUCCCUUCUUAGUGAGAUUCUAUCAGACAUUAAUGAUGCAAAAAAUAGAUAGAUGGGAUCGCUGCCAGUCUUAUGACAUGCAUUCAAUGAUGUGAGAGAAUGGUAACAUGGUCCCUUCUUCAUGAGAAAGAUAGCAUAACAACCAGUCUCAUGAAAUACAUUCAGUAAUUUGAGAGAAUGGUAACAUGGUCCCUUUUUAGUGAGCUUCUGUUAGACAUUAAUUUUACAGAAAAUAGAAAUAUGGGUUCAGUACCAGUCUCGGGAAAUGCAUGGUGAUUUUAGAGAAUGGAAACAUGGCAGAGGCUGCGGAACGGUUUUCAAAGUGGGGAGGCUGACCAUGCA